UCUCUCUCUUACAUAAGAUAUUGUCUCCCAGUCUUUUGUCCAGACCCUCCUGAAAGAGCUCAGUUGUCCUGUCCGUCCAGCACCGUCCACUUUCAGCUUCCCACCAUGUUUGUUCAGUUAUGCUUCGCUCUGCUGGCUCUCUCCUCUCUGACCACCGCAUCCGAUCCAGGCUGUGAUGAACUGAUAAAGCCUCUGCAGGACCGGAGCAAGGUUUAUGGAAAAUGGAUUUUCUAUGCUGCAACAUCUGACAAUGAAGAAGAGCUGAACUUGAACAAAAUCACCAGCAGCUCCAGGUCUAAAGUCUCACCCAUACCCGAUAGUGACGAAUUCAUCAUGCACUACGUGGACAAAAUUGAAGGAAACUGUGUUUAUGGUAGUGCUAACUCCAGCACUUCAGGAAACUCUACCAAGGUGGUCUUUCACUUUAACUCCACUGCUUUUGUGCAUGUUGGGAACUAUCUGGAGACGUGCGCCGAAUGUGCCCUCUGGUCAGACGAGGCUUUGACGGAGGUUAACGGGGCCGUUAGAAAAAGCAGGAACCUCUACCUCUUCACGAAGACAGGAAAACUGGAUCCGUCCGAUCAAGAGACUUUGAAGAAACAGGCCAAGUGUCUCAACCUCCUUCCAGAUUUCUAUUUUCCAGAAACUACAAAUCUGUGUCCUGAAGAAAGUGAGCCCACCGCUGCCUCAGCAAACGCAAACGCUGAAGUACAAUAAAGUUAUCACCUUCAUUCCCUUCAUUGUUUCUGUUUCUGAAGCCUGAAAUAAAUCUGCUCAGAUACACAUUCAUAGUUAGACAGAAAUGCAGAAAUCUCUUGUCAGGUGCAAAUCCAAUAUUAUGUUCUUGAUGUAUUCUGUUGAUUUCCUUAUGCUGCAAAUGUCUAGAAUGACAAUAUUGUUUUGGCUUUACUGUUAGAAACAUCUAGAGGACAUUUCAAGCAUAUGAUUUUAAUCUCUUGGAAUAAGUCAGGCGAUUCUUUCACCCUGCAAAAUGUAUUUUACUUUAAAGCAUGGUCUUUAAUGUGAUUAAACAUUUAUCUUUUUUUUCCUGAAAACAA